ACCAACACGUACAACGUACACGGACUCGUUGUCGCACGAUAAUUCAGUGAAAGCAAACAGUGCAAACACGCUUUUCGCCGAACAACGAAAUUACACGGGCGCCGCAACGUCUGACCAGCUCCAUUAAGUUGUUCUGUAUGACGUUGGGAAGCGAUUUCUCGACUCCUAUUUGCUCUGCUCGAAAUAUCGGUGUCGCGGCUUGAGGCUCAUGUACCUUUCGACGCCUUAGCAGGUGAACCUGUGCCGGUUGCACAUCAAAAUCAAUUUGGUAAUGACAAUAACGUUAUGAGUCAAAUAAGCGGCUUAGAUGUUAUGUCGGACGGUCUUACGCCCGGGUAUUAUGGACGUAACGGUAUUCUUGAGACACACGUGCGGGGUCAGUGGUAUCGCGUGUUUGUUACCCUCGAAGACGACUUUCUAUGCAUAACGCUAGACGAAUCAUACGAAAAUACCACCACACUCAACGGCACGCUUAACAAUAAUAUCGAAACGCCUAGUGGCCAAUGUGAAACCCCAGAUGUACCAGAUUCUGUAGCCAAUCAGAAGCGCCUGGUAAAAGUGAUUAAAUCAGAAAACAAUGGAUUGGGUAUAUCUAUUAAAGGAGGGAAAGAAAACAAAAUGCCUAUACUUAUUAGUAAAAUAUUUAAAGGUAUGGCAGCUGAUCAAACGGAACAGCUGUAUGUCGGUGACGCUAUUUUAUCCGUUAACGGAGAAGAUUUAAGAGAGGCAACGCAUGAGGAAGCUGUAAAAGCGUUAAAGAAGGCGGGAAAAAUAGUGGAACUUGAAGUGAAAUACCUGCGAGAGGUAACACCUUACUUUCGGAAAGCUAGCAUAAUCUCAGAAGUUGGAUGGGAGCUUCAAAGGGGUUUCCUGUCUGGUGCACCUCCAGCCGUUAGAUUUCCACAAAGAGCCGAUACUCGAUAUUUACCGUUGCAGCUUUGCCAUUUAGCUAGAAAUUUUAGAUUUCCAGAUCGGGAAAGUAGAACUCUAGAAUUACAUUCUCCUGAUGCUGUCCAUAGUUGUGUACUUAGAGCCCCAGAUAGUGCUGAUGCCAUCGCUUGGUUUAACACUCUUCACUCGGCGCUUUCUUUGCUUACAACAUCAGCUUUGCACGAGGCCUCUAGAGCUAUACCUGACCUAAGAUAUAUAGGAUGGUUACUGAGAAAACCUAGAUCUGAAAGUAUGUCCAGUUCAGAAAGUUCAGAAGAUAUGGACAGAUGGCAGUCGGUUUUUGCAGCUGUAACCGACAGCGAACUGCGGUUUUACGAAUGCGCUCCGUGGUCAAGCGAAGCAUGGAGAUCCCCAGCGGAAGCCUAUUCGUUAAUAGCCACGAGACUUGUAGGUUCUGGAAAAAGGGAAGAUUUUCCUGAAUUUAGUAUAAGAUGUGCCACUAUAGAUGGAGUAGUUACGCAUAGCCUAAGAGCUGAAACUCAUAGAGACUUGGCCAAUUGGGCAAAAGCCUUAGUCAACGGAAGCCAUGCAAGUGCUGUAACACAAAAGGAGCUAGUCUGUCGUUGCCUAUGGAAAGGUCGACCUGCCCAACUUAUAAUUCAUUACGAAAAUGGAUUUACCUUAUUAGAAGCUGGUUCCGGUUCUAAAACCCUAUGGAGAUUCUCAUUUGACAGACUACGAAAUUCUUCAGAUGAUGGAAAACGAUUUUUAUGGCUGGAUUUUGGUGCAGAAGAAGGAGAAAUGGUAAUGGAACUAGAUAUUGAAGGUUCCCCGAAACCAAUAGUAUUUAUACUGCAUAACUUCCUAUCAGCUAAGAUUCAUCGAUUGGGUUUAACGGCGUAAUUUUGAUGUUGUUAUAGAAAAUGUUGAUAAUAACUUUGUCAAUUCAUUGUAAAUUAUUUUAAAACGAUAUUAUAACUAGAGAAAAAAACAUACAAUUAAAAGGUAGUUUAUCUUUUAUAUGGUAAACCAGACAAACGUCAACAAUUUUGAACUAGGGUACUAUAAUUUUUUAACGAUUUUUAUUAUAGCUAUAUUUUAGUUAGUUAGUGAUCAAAAUUGUAAAUCAAGUGCGAUAUUGUAUAAGUAAAUUGUUUAAGCGCUAAAGGAAACUAUUUGUUUCUUCUCAACGAUUCGAAUUAUAUUUAAUUAUUCUUUAGGACUUAACAUAGAUUUAUGUCGAACAAGGGCUUUUUUUAUAGUCGAAUACAACAUUUUUUUGUUUUUAGGACGUAUAAAAAAAGUGCACUACUAUAAGACACACUUACAGCUUGCCGAUCGCAACGUAUUUAUAUACAGAGGAUUUUUAAAUAUUACCUAAGGAUGAAAAGGAAAACUCUUUUUUAUGUAAUUGUUGGCGUUUGUUAAAAUCUUAUAAUUAAAUUUGCAUAACUUUUAACAAAACUCGAUUCUUAGUAUCUGAAUUUUGAAAAUGAUAACAUAGGGUCGGUAAUUUUAGGAAGAGAUUGUGUUCUUACUUAAUAACCCAGUUAUAUUUCUCUGAAAACUGGCAACACCGCAUUUACCAAGUUAUUAUAGAAUCAUUUCUUUUUGUUAAACUUGUUACAGAUUGCUUAUUUCUUAAAGGAACUUAUUUCGUAACGGGAAAAAACUACUCUCAGUUUUUUUUAUGGUAAACACAAGCACAAGAGGAAAGUCCUAUGUCACUCUUGGAGUGGUGCUUGCGCAAAGAUAUUUCUGGGCAUUUAUCUUGAAUCGCUGUAGGUUGUAUGCGUCGGGAAAUAUGUGAGGUGGAAGCCCGUUCCACAAAGAAGAUGUUCUCCAGAUGAAUGAGUCCUGAUACAGCGACGUCCGUGGGGUAGGCAGGUGGACUCGAUGUUGAUGAGCCGCAACUGCUAGACGCGUCCUUCUUGCCGGAACAGCCCUGGGUGGAAUCAGGCCUGCCAGCUCAGAGGAGCACUUACCGUGAUAAUAACGGUAGAAUAAACAGAGAUCGGCCACCUUUCUCCUGUGCUCCAGACUAUCCAGACUCUUUGUCAGUUCUGGUUUGUCGAUAAGACGAAUAGCUCUCUUCUGUAUAAAAUUCAGCAGGUUUAAACUAUGCUUGGGUGCAGAGCUCCAGACAUGCGAGCAAUACUCGAGGGAAGGGCGUAUUUGAGCCUUAUAAAGAGUCAGCAGCUGUUCUGGUGUGGUGGGUAUAUAUAUAUAGUUAUAGCGUUGAUUGAAUAUUUGAGAAGAUGCACACCUUAUGGACGAAAAUGUACCCUCAAAUCUACCAGCCAAUGGGAUGGCGACACCGUCGCGUCGGUCGAAGUGAACCCGAGAAUUUUGCCAAACACGUGUGCCGACAGUCACUGUCUGCCUGCUUUGCAUCAUCGGCCCUAAAAACUCGUUUGAGCUGGUAUCUAUUAAUGUUUUCGACAGGUCUACAUCGAAAGAUUAUUUAAUUUUUUUGUGGACAUUUUGGGUCAUAAACAUUAAUUUAUUUUCUUUAAUAGCGUAGUUAAAAGCUGCUUCUCUUGCAUAAUAUACACAGUUAAGGACUUCAUAAUAAAAAAAAACAAUAAUGUAAGUUAAAAUCUCAGGUUCUAAAUCAAAUAUCGUUUGAGUGGAGUCAAACCUGUGGAAAUAUAGAU